UCUCUCUCCCUCUUGGUUUUUUUUUUCUCUUCGCUCUGCUGUGCCUGUGUUGUGUUCGGUUUUGUGUUGAUCCGCCGCUCGUCUUCAAAACAGCAUCUCCCAUUACAGAUCUCUUGCAUUUUAUUAUAGUUAAAUUGAAAUCAAACCAAUUGUGUUUUAAUAGAUUUGAAAUUUUGUUAUUUCGAUAGAUCCAAAGCAGAAUCGUUGGGACUUCGUCUCUGUCUGAUCUGAUCAAGGUAAUAGCUGUUGAGAUGGCGUCAUCAACAGCUUCAGGUUGGUACAGAGGAAAAGUGAAAGCUGUUCCUUCAGGGGACUGCUUGGUGAUUAUGGCCAUGACCGCCAACAGGCCUGGACCCCCACCUGAGAAGAGCCUUACUUUGGCAUCUCUUAUUGCUCCAAGACUGGCCCGUAGAGGUAGUGUUGAUGAGCCAUUUGCUUGGGACAGCAGAGAGUACUUGCGGAACCUCUGCAUAGGAAAGGAAAUAACCUUCCGUGUUGACUACACUGUACCAUCCAUAGGGAGGGAAUUCGGCUCUGUUUUCCUUGGUGACAAAAAUGUUGCUUUGCUGGUGGUUUCUGAAGGCUGGGCAAAGGUUAGGGAGCAGGGUCAACAGAAGGGAGAAGCGAGUCCUUUCCUUCAAGAACUGCUACGUUUGGAAGAGCAAGCUAAGCAACAAGGUCUUGGUCGCUGGAGCAAGGUUUCAGGUGCUGCUGAGGCAGCCAUCAGGAAACUACCGCCUUCUGCUAUUGGUGAUCCUAGCACCUUUGAUGCCAUGGGUAUCUUAGCUGCAAACAAAGGCAGGCCCAUGCAAGGUAUUGUUGAGCAAGUUCGUGAUGGUAGUACCAUCCGGGUCUAUCUGCUUCCAGAGUUUCAGUUUGUCCAAGUGUUCGUUGCAGGAAUUCAGGCCCCAUCUAUGGGAAGAAGAGCUGUAAUUGAAAGUGCUGUUGAAACAGAAGGGAAUGCUGAAGAACGAAAUGGAGAUGCUUCUGUUGAAUCUCGAGCCCCUCUAACAUCUGCACAGAGGCUUGCAGUCUCAGCAGCAUCAUCUGCUGAAGUUUCUCCUGAUCCAUUUGGUGUUGAAGCCAAAUAUUUUACUGAGCUUCGUGUUUUAAAUAGAGAUGUUCGUAUUGUCCUGGAAGGCGUUGACAAAUUCAGCAAUUUGAUUGGGUCAGUAUAUUAUCCUGAUGGAGACUCUGCAAAAGACCUGGCAUUGGAGCUUAUCGAAAACGGUUUAGCUAAGUUUGUUGAAUGGAGUGCAAAUAUGAUGGAAGAAGAUGCCAAGCGGCAGCUGAAGGCUGCAGAUCUUCAAGCCAAGAAAUCCAGGUUGAGGAUCUGGACAAACUAUAUACCUCCAGCUACAAAUUCAAAGGCAAUCCAUGACCAAAAUUUCACAGGAAAGGUGGUGGAGGUUGUAAGUGGGGACUGCAUUAUUGUGGCUGAUGAUUCUGUCCCGUAUGGAAGUCCAUUAGCAGAGCGGCGAGUCAAUCUGUCAAGUAUUAGGUGUCCGAAAAUCGGCAAUCCUCGCAGAGAUGAAAAGCCGGCUCCCUAUGCCCGUGAAGCAAGGGAGUUUUUGAGGACACGACUUAUUGGCCGACAAGUGAACAUUCAAAUGGAGUAUGCUAGGAAAGUUAGCACGGCAGAUGGAUCUGCAGCUGCUAGUGGGACUGCAGAUUCCAGAGUAAUGGAUUUUGGUUCAGUUUUCCUAUUGUCUCCCAUUAAGGUUGAGGGUGAUGAUACCCCCUCACCUGCUCCACCUACUCCUGGCAGCCAGCCUGGGGUGAAUAUUGCUGAGCUUCUGGUUGCUCGUGGCUUUGGCACAGUUAUUAGGCAUCGAGAUUUUGAGGAGAGAUCAAACUAUUAUGAUGCCCUCCUUGCUGCUGAAUCCCGUGCCAUUGCUGGGAAGAAAGGUAUUCAUUCAGCCAAGGAUCCUCCAGUCAUGCACAUAACAGACCUGCUUACGGCAUCAGCCAAGAAAGCUAGAGAUUUUUUGCCGUUCCUGCAACGGAGUAGGAGAAUUCCUGCCGUUGUGGAAUAUGUCCUCAGUGGUCAUCGAUUUAAGUUGUUGAUUCCCAAGGAAACAUGCAGCAUUGCCUUCUCAUUCUCUGGUGUCAGAUGUCCUGGUCGUGAUGAGCCCUAUUCAGAAGAAGCUAUUGCACUGAUGAGAAGAAAGAUAAUGCAAAGAGAUGUUGAGAUUGAGGUCGAAACUGUUGAUAGAACUGGAACUUUCCUGGGAUCCAUGUGGGAGUCAAAGACAAAUCUGGCAAUUUCGCUUCUUGAGGCUGGCCUAGCAAAACUUCAGACUUCCUUUGGCGGUGACAGGAUCCCGGACAUUAACCUUCUUGAACAAGCUGAGAAAUCUGCCAAAAGGCAAAAACUGAAAAUUUGGGAGAAAUAUGUUGAAGGGGAGGAAGUGUCCAAUGGUGCAGCUGUUGAAAGCAAACAGAAAGAAGUGCUGAAGGUAAUGGUUACGGAAGUCUUGGGUGGUGGUAAAUUUUAUGUCCAGACAGUGGGGGAUCAAAAAGUAGCCUUGAUUCAGCAACAGCUUGCUUCUUUAAGUCUUCAAGAAGCUCCCGUAGUUGGUGCAUUUAAUCCUAAAAAGGGUGACAUAGUCCUUGCUCAGUUUAGUGCUGACAGUUCCUGGAACCGAGCAAUGAUUGUCAAUGCACCUCGAGGAGGCGUGGAAUCCCCAAAAGACAAGUUCGAAGUGUUCUACAUUGAUUACGGGAAUCAAGAGGUUGUUUCUUACAGUCAGUUACGGCCUCUUGAUCCUUCAGUGUCUUCUGCACCUGGUAUUGCUCAACUAUGUAGCCUUGCAUACAUAAAGGUUCCGAGCUUGGAGGAGGAUUUUGGUCAAGAAUCAGCUGAGUAUCUGAGUGAGCACACAUUGAACAGUUCGAAAGAGUUCAGGGCCAAGGUUGAGGAAAGGGACGCGUCUGGAGGAAAAGUCAAAGGACAGGGAACUGGGACAAUUCUUAUUGUAACUCUUGUCGCUGUGGAUGCUGAGAUUAGUAUAAAUGCUGCCAUGCUUCAGGAAGGACUUGCUAUACUAGAAAAGAGGAAGAGGUGGGACAACAAGGAAAGACAGUUGGCACUCGAUAAUUUGGAGAAGUUCCAGGAAGAAGCGCGCACUGCUAGGCGGGGAAUGUGGCAGUACGGAGAUAUCCAGUCAGACGAUGAGGAUACAGCUCCUGUUAGAAAGGCUGGUGGCCGGCGAUGAAUAUGAUGGUGGUCUGAGGUAAUUUAAAAGAUAUAUCAAUUCAAGCAGCAUAAGACCAGUUAAAUUAUAGGCACCACUGGUCGCUUCUAGUGUAUGAGAGCAAACAAAAGUGACAGCACAAACUUGCUUAAGUUUUGUUUUGUUUUGUUUUUGCUUUUCUUUUUUUCCCAAUUUAUUGUUAGUUGCGGGGACAAUUUUUUUUAUAAACAUGUCUUAAUAAGGUGAAUGUCAUCCAGUCUCCUUGUGGAACAUCGUAGACAAAUUUUCCUAUUAAAGUUAAAGGGCUGUGUUAGUAUUGGGGUCUC